UACGUCUUCGGGUCACGCAGUAACCUUUCAUUCCUUGCAGGCGGCGCUUGUUCGGAGUUUUGAGUUGGUUGGUCUUUUGUGAUCUGACGUAAAUUGUGUUUACAUUGUUGAGUUUUCUUUUAUACUUUUGUUAUUAUUUAUUUAAAAAAACGACAUUAUACAUGUAUUUCUUAUAAUUACAUCCCAGAAAAUUGUUUUUUUCUAAUUAAUUACACAGCUGAAAAAAAACCGCAGGCCUAUUGUUGAAAACGAAUGUUCCGAAAACAUGGCUGAUUUUACUACAGCUCUGUCCGGAGAAGGCUGGUGUCUUUCAGAUGAAGGAAUUGAAGCCUGCACAAAAUCUGUGGACAAUGUUCCUUUUAACGACAUUAUCAGGAUUGCACUUAAUAGUGAUCUACGAUCAAUUGGCAAGCCAUUUCUGCCAAGUGAAAUUAACAGUGGAAGAGUGGAAAAGCUUGAAGGCCCAUGCAUUCUUCAAGUACAGAAAAUUAGAAACGUGUCAGCUCCUAAAGACAAUGAAGAAUCACAAGGUGCUCCAAGGAUGCUACGAUUGCAGAUGACAGAUGGUCAUACAAACUGUUUGGGAAUAGAAUUCAAACAUCUCUCCAAAAUAAGUUUAAACACCCCCCCUGGUACGAAAGUAAAGCUUCUGGGUACAGUGCAGAUAAAAAAUGGCUUUUUGCUUUUGGAUGACACCAGGAUUAUUGUCCUUGGAGGAGAAGUUGAUCAUAUGAUAGACAAAUGGGAGUUACAAAGGAGUUUAGCAAAACACAAUAGAAGUAAUAUUGGUGCAGAAGGUGGACCACCCCCGUUUGUGCCUUUUGGCCAGAAAUGUGUUAAUCAAGAGCAAGUGGACACCAGGGAGCUGGAUCAAAGGAAGACACUACAGGUUACAAAUAUUGUUAAGCCUGCAGAUGAAAAUGAUGAAUUUGAGAAGCAAAGGAUUGCUGCCAUUGCAGAAGUGGCAAAGAGCAAAGAGAUAAGAACUUUUGGAGGAGGAGGAAAUGCUGGAAGCAAUCUCAACACCAUUGGUGUAAGUUACAAAAGCAGAGAUACAUUCCAGAGAAAACGAGAGGAAAAGCCUGCAUGGACAGAAGGCCGCUCUGAAGGUGUUUAUCGAGAGUUGGUGGAUGAGAGGGCUUUAAGAGACAUAAUGGAAAUGGGUUUCAAUAAAGAAGCUGCAAGACAGGCUCUUAUGGAUCAUAGCAACAACUUGGAAGCUGCACUAAAUUUUCUACUAAACAGCAAUAAGCCGAAACCUGCUCAGGGACCUCUGCCAAGAGGAAAGGGGCGAGGCAGAGGGAGGACUAGACCAGAGGAUGAAGAUGAAUUGCUGGGUGGUAGACCGUCUGGCCCUAGUACAUUGUUUGAUUUCUUGGAGUCAAAGAUGGGUUCUUUCUCUAUUGAAGAACCAAAAAGCCAAUCUACACUGAACCAUCAGGCACAACAGAAUAAGAUAUUUUACCCAAGCAAAGACCAUUGUACAAGGGAACCCCAGGAACCCAUGCAACCAAAAUAUCCUCAAAGAAAUGAAGUGAGGCAUCAAAGAAACGACAGACCACCGCGAUUCCAAAAAGAUAAUCCACCCGCCAGGCCAGCUCAGGAAACGUCUGCCCCAUCAAGGUGGAGUGCUCCUGAAAAAACAAACUCUGUAGGGUCUGAAAAUAGGACUGAAGAGGGAAAGAAGGGAGGCCGAACUUACUCUACCAAUGUGAGGCAAAGAGAGCAUGCACUAUCAGGCACUUCCCCACAGAAUGAAAUGUUUGUUAAAAAGAGUCUAUGGGAUAAUACUAUGCAGAACAAAUCCAUGGAGUGCAGCAGUGAAAUGGACCUCAAAGGAAAUCCAAGUCGUGAUUACAAAAUAGAAGCAAAUCAUCAAAAGAGAGGAAAAUAUGACAAGCAGAGCACAGAUAAUUAUGAAAGAAAAUCAAAAGCCGUGGAUAAUGGGAACUUCUAUAAUUCACGAACAGACAGAGACACCAAUAUAGCAAAUGACUUUGGUACUGUUAGAACAGUUGUCAACACUCACAGUGUGCAAAAUGGAGAGUCGGAGCAUUCUCACCAUAAAAGAAGUGGACCCAUAAAGAAGCCAAGUACAAACUCUUUCAAUGAUCAUGAAAGCAAAAAUGCUUUUUAUAAUUCUGGACCUAAAACAAGGUCAGGGCCAAUCAAGUCUGAGAAAGCUUUUGAAACACCUUAUGUUUCUUCAGAGUCUAACCGUUUGCAGUAUGAUCAUUGGAAGCCAGGAGACCAGUGCCUUGCCCUUUACUGGGAAGAUAAUAAGUUUUACCGGGCCAGAAUCAAUGGAGUUCAUCCUUCAGGAACAACAGCAGUGGUUGUGUUCAGUGAUUAUGGGAACUAUGAAGAAGUGUUGCUCCAUAAUGUCAAGCCCAUUGAAGCUGAGACAUGGGAAGAAGAUGACGUGUAUUAUGAAAAGUCACUAGAGUACCGUGGAGGUGGGGAUGGGCAGCCAAGGCGCACAAGGCCUACACAAGAAUAUUAUCAGCCGCCUAGAGCUAGAGACUGAUGUGUGAGGAAGAAUUAAAGGUCGCUCAUUCAAAGAAACACUAAAAGAAGCACAACCUUAAUGCUGAAUAGAUCUCUUCCUCUAAAAUUCUGACACCGUUCUUCCACGUUUGGUUGAAGUUGUGUUAAGAAGUAAACAUUUUCAAGGGCUUUCGCAAAUGGUGGGUAAACUAACAAGGGUAAAUCAAAGACAAAGCACAGAGCUUUUUGUACAUGUAGAUGUGUAAGAGAGCGUUAAUAAAAUGCAGUGCAUUAUUGUGAUUCUUUGUUUUGUUUAAGUCAAAGCACAUAUAAUUGCAUUUCAAAUAUGUUUUGAAAAAUAAGUCUAGUUUCACUAAUACAAUGUGAAUCUUAAUUAACGGUGCAAGAGUGCAAUUGCUCAGGGUUAAAUGCCACUGUUUUUGAUUGGAUGAUACCACUUGGCUUUCUGUGCAAGAAUGGGCCCUGGGGGAAAACAGCUGAUUCACAGGGUAUUAACCAGUAGGGGUCGCUGAAACAUAAUAAGUUGAACAAACACCAAACAGACUACAUACCAUCUACACAAAACACGGAACGUGUUCCCUGGGUUCUUUAUAUACCCCCUCUGGAUAGCCCUGAGAAUGGCUAGAAGACUCGUAUCACAUUUACUGACAUGUGCUCCUUUCAGAAACUCCAAAUACUAAAAAAACAGAUAAAAUGCUAGUUUUAUUACAUACAAAUCUUGUAACUUUCCACUGCUUGAUGAUAAUAAUAAUAGUGGUAAAAUAGUGAUGAGGGGGCUCCCGAGUGGUGCAUCCAGUAAAGGCACUCCGUGUGGAGUGCAGGAUGCGCCCUAUAGCCUGGAGAUCGCAAGUUCGGGUCCAGGCUAUUCCACUGCCAGCCGUGGACGGGAGUUCCCAGGGGCAGCACACAACUGGCCGAGCAUCGCCUAGGGUGGGGAGGGCUUAGGUCGGCCAGGGUGUCCUCGGCUUACCGUGCUCCAGUGACUCCUGUAGACUGUCCGGGCGCCUGUGGACCUGCCUGUAAGCGGCUCAGAGCUUCGUAGACCUCCGACACUGUAGCUCUGAAGGGAGCUGCAUGGCGAGCCUGCAGAGUGAAAAGAAGUGGACGGCUGACAGCACACAUUUCGGAGGACGCGUGUACUCGUCUUCGUCUCUCCCGAGUCAGUGCGGGGGUUGCAGCGGUGAGCCAGGCUUAAAAAGAAUUGGGUAUUUCAAAUUGGGAGAAAAUGGGGUAAAAAAAAAAUAAAUAAAUUAGUGAUGAGGAGGGUUAGGAUGAUGACAGUACAAUAAGGGUAAUACAUUCUGAUUUAAAAAAGACACUUAAUAAACUCCUAUAAAAUAUUAUUAUAUUAUUUAGAUAGUACUGAGCAAAAGCAAUACCACAUGCUUACUUAACACAGUUAAAAUAACACUAUUGGGUGGUAUAAAAUUUACUUGAACUGGUCUGGUAUUUACAGCUUAUCAAAUGUUCACUUCAUCUUACAUGAAAUGUUACCUUUUAUUUUAGAAUCGGAAACAAAACACAAAAUAUAUAUAUAUAUAUUACUGCUUCAUAGUAGAGCUUUCUCUUCACAUGUUUGAAUCUGAGCGAUGACUUGUGGUAGGAAAUUGGUGUACGCUGCAUUUUACAGUACGCCCACAUUUUAUUUUAUUUAAAGAGGGCUGUAAAUAUCGGCUGCCCUGUCAAAACAGCUGGAAAUCUGCUGAGUCAAAAAAGCUAAUUAGAAAUGAUUGUAUGUGUACACAUGCUUAACAUACACACCUGUGAAUGAGUUAUAGUUUAAUUAUUGCAGUGCACAAAAACAGGCAGUGUUUGUUUUAAUGCACUCUUUAUUCAUAAUGUUCACUACAUAAGCAAUACGUAUAUUUUUUAUGUGUGUUGGUUUUUUGUUCUUGUUUUUCGAUUUCACUCUUUUCACUGUAGUGGUAUUUAAAACCUGUUGGGUUGUGUUUUACUGUCACAGAUGCAUUUAAAACAAACAGUACAGUACCCGUGGAGCUCAUCCCAAUGCUAAUUUGGCAGAAUCGUAUCAGGCUUCUUUCAGUGUCUUUUUCACAUGGCUAGUGGGUUUACUUUCCUCAACACGUUUUCACAAGAUGAUUUGUGGCUGUUGAAGGAGGUAUCAGCCUAAUGAACAACACAGUUCAGUAACAAAUUGCAUUUCAUCUCAGUGUUUUUGUCUGGAUAUUGUGCAGGCUUCAUGUGACUUGUUUCUGUCCUCUGUGUCUGACCAGUAGGCAGGUGUGUGUUUACAACUAGUGUUAAUUUCCUGACUUUUUGUUUUCUAUCCAGCUGGAUGGCAAUCAUUUGAACCUAACAUUGAGUAAAAUGAUCCCAGCUGUGUCCUGCCAGUGACUGGCAAUCUAUUGCAGAUUACAAGCAGCAGUGUAUGUGUGUUAAAUCUCCUACAUUGUGAGGCAGAGUAAAUAGACUCAAACAAGUGUAUUGAUUUACAUAUGCAUUGCAUUUUAUACAUUAUGUUUAUAUACUUGUGUGUGUAAAUUAUUUAUUUUUAUUUUGUUAUAAUAAACUAUCAUGCUGAUUUUACAGGAUAAAAUUAAGACAACAUAUGCAAAUAACACACCUGCCAUUCUGGACAAUGUCCAAGUUAACUGAAAUGAAAAUAAUUCUGAUGAACCAGGCCCUGGGCCAGUGCAAGAGCUCAUGUUCUGAAAUAAUGUUUCAUAAACCAUUGUAAUAACAUUGUCACAUUCCUAAGAAGAAAAAGAAAACAGUUAAAAAAAAAAAAAAGUGUUUCAUUUAUUAAGAUGACAGGGAGCAUGCUAAAGUUUUUGUUUUUUUAAAAUUUUCAUUAUGUAUGGUAUCAUUAUAAUCCCUUUUAUCUAUUGUAAAUAAUUUAUCAUAAAAUAAAAACACCCAACAACCCCCAGCAAUAAAUAAUUUAGCAUGAACAGGGCAAAAACGUAACAAAAUCAAUUUUAUAUCAACAAAUAUAGAGACCUGAAUACCAAAUAGGGGGCAUGGAACUGGUUCAACAAGAGAAAGACCAUGGUGUUGUAAUAGACACUGCUGUCAACAAACAGACAGCGUGAGGAAGCAGUCAAAGAGACACUGACACUGGAGAGAGUCCAAUGAAGACCAACCAGACUCUUUCCAGGGCUUAAAGGAAUGAGCUAUGAAGACAGGCUGGAAGAACUAGGGGGUGGGGUCAGUACUGCACUUAAACACAUACUUUUAAGUGCAGUACAGAAACCAGGACCAGAGGACACUGCUGUAAAUUAAGUGGAAACAGACUUAGAACAGAGGGAAGGAGACACUUCUUCACACACAGAGGUGAGGGGAUGGAAUGGGUUACCUAAUCAUGUUGUUGAGGCAGAAUCACUGGGAUCCUUUAAUAUCCAACUUGACAAAAGUUUUGAUAUAAGCUAGAAGGAACCGGGUGAGCUUAAAUGGGCCAUUUGUACAUUUUCUUAUGUUUCCAACCCCUUACAAGGAUUUUAUCAUAUUAUUCCCCAGUUGAAUCUGAAAGGUUUAUAGGAGACAAGGAGUCUGAUAAAAUGUUCACCAGAUAGGUAGAAGGGCACAAUUAGUGCAUAAGGAUCCACAUUUUGUAUGAGCACUAAAAAGUGGUCCAUACUAAAAACAGUACAGGAUUUUACAGUACAGUAAUGUAUGCUCACUGUAGGAAACAUUUCUAAGAUAAUUUUGGCUAAAUCAAUAUCAAUAUAUUUUUUAAAGAAUUGUAAACAUGCUUAUCCAGUUACUACUAGCCAAACAUCUAACAUCAUCUGACAGGUGGUAGUUAUUUAAAACUCCUCAUGCAGUGUGUGUUACUGCAAUUGGGACAUCAACGACUACUCAAUCCCAUGUCAACAAGCAGAACUGUACAUAGAGAAUUAGGCAGGAAACUUCUUUUUCCAGAAGUCGGCAUGGCAGAUUGUAGAUCAGGUGCAUCACACAGUGCUUCAAGAAACAUGAAUAAACCGGAACCUGCACUUCUGCGAUGGCCACAAUCCCCAGAUCUAAAUCAAUAGAGCAUCUGCAGGGUCGUCCGAUUCAUCAGUGGUAGCAGGCAUCAACAUCUCUGGCACUUUUACACACUGCACUGAUAGACGAAUGAAAUGCAUUCCACUGGUUCUACAGGAAUCUGCUCUACUGAGUGCACUGUAAUUCAUUUAGCCAUCCAUUUACUACAAUAAGGGAUGUAUCUGCACAAUUCACUAAAAUACAGUAUUUGUUAAAUGUGUUGCUAGCUUUUAAUAGCUGUCAUACUGGAGAAUUUUUAUGCUUGAAUAAAUGUCACAUUUUUAUUUCUCAGUGGAUGGAGGUUUAAUAUAUUAUGCUUUCUAUCAAGAGUGAAGAUAAAAUGCUUCUCUUAUUGAGACAGUAGAUCAUUUUAAAAUGUCUAUCACAGCUACCUCAUUAUGUGUUUUAAAUAAUAUGCCACAUAUUGUACAGUUAUCUGUGUCCUGCAUGAAAAAGUUUUCACAUUUUGUUAAUUUCACAAUUACGACUAUUACAGGGAGGGUUGUUCCAAUGCAGCAGCGUUAACAUUUCUGUAACUUAAAGGAAACAUGGGUGUAAAAUUAUUUUUGCAUCAUUUAUUUUUUAAGCAUUCUUAUGCAGUUACUCUGAUGUGCAAAAGGCAAUCGCAGUUGAAAGAAAUCGCCUCAAUCCUAAAUACCCAUGUUUAUUAAUACCGCUAUGUGUUUAUUCAAUCCCGUACUUGCUAAGCGUUAAUAAUAUACCUAAUAAUAAUUGCUAACUUUUCAUUGGAAAGUCAGUACAUAGCUGUACAGUAUAUUGGACAAAAACAAUGCACCAGCUGUAUGCAUUGUGAUUGGACUUUGGAUGUUGGCACUGGGUUAAGGUUCAGAACAACCAACAUCAAACAACUUUCUACAGGCUUAAAAUGUUGUGAAAAUAGUAUCUGGUUUGAAAAAAAAAAAAAAGAGCAAAAUAGUAAGUAACUGGUACUGAAAUAAUAAUAAUAAUAAUAAUAAUAAUAAUAAUAAUAAUUAUACUUUCUCUUCUGUCUAAAAAUUGGACUACACGUUUGUUAAGGGUAGUUAAUGCAAAAUCCACAGCUAGUUUUUAAAAUUAGCUUAAGUGUGAGUAGUGACCCUGCUAACUAGGGCUGAGUUAAAUUUUACAUUAUUUUUUUUACACAUUAUUUUUACAUACAAUUACCCAUUUAUACAGUUGGGUUUUUACUGGAGCAAUCUAGGUAAAGUACCUUGCUCAAGGGUACAGCAGCAGUGUCCCCCACCUGGGAUUGAACCCACAACCCUCCAGUCAAGAGUCCAGAGCCCUAACCAUAACUCCACACUGCUGUGGAGAUAUGGCAAUAGCAAAGAGCAUUGUCAUUCUGCAGUAUGUGACAUUUGGGAGGACCCCUUGUUUACUGGGAUGGUUACUGUCGCCAAUAGUUGAGUUUCUUGCCGCAUUUAAUUGCCCAUUAUCUUUAAAACUGUCUUGUAAUACUUAACACUGAGCCAAUGUUAUUCAAACAGAGGGUGCUUAUUUUUUUUUUUUUUUUGCUUUCAUAGAAAUGUGUGUAGUGAACAUGAGAAAUGAUGGCGGUGUUAAGCAAUAAAUGUUAAGCAUAUUUUUAGAUGUAUUUGCAUAUGUAAUUACAGUACUAUUAAUCAGAAAAUAAUUUCUCCACAAAUACAUCUAAAAAUACAGUGACUGUCUGAGCUUGUAAUUUGAGUCUUUAAAGCUGCAGAUAUUGCAGUUAACAAUAGCAAGUGGUCCUUCAACAUUUUAUCCCAAAGUGUCGAUUGUUAGUGAAAGCACUUGCUGCACCAGCUGUAAUGUUUUGUCCUAUGACAUCAGUGAACUUCUGUUUUUAAACAACUGUAGUCUGGAAGAGUAUAAUACUGAAAACCUUUUUUUUUUAUUUUUUUUUUUUUUAAAAACCUUUUAUUUAUAUUGUUUUUUGUAUUUUGUUUUUAGAAUUCACUGCCAAAAGAUCAUUAAAA